AUGGCGGACAAAAUCGAGACCGUAGCUUUCCUAGGUCCGAAAGCCUCAUAUACGCAUCAGGCCACCCUAACCUCCUUCCCCGCCCUCCCCCCCUCCCACCUCCACCCGCAAACCACCAUCGCCGACGUCUUCACCGCCGUGCAAUCCCGCACCGCCACCCACGGCGUCGUCCCCUUCGAGAACUCCACCAACGGCUCCGUCGUCUUCACCCUCGACCUCUUCGCCGACCUGCAGCACCAGCACCCAGACAUCCUCGUGUGCGGCGAGGUCUACGUCCCCGUCCGCCACUGCCUCGUCGGCCACAUCCCCACCCCCCCGCGCACCGCCUCCACCUCCACCUCCACCUCCACUUCCACCGCAUCCCAGGGCGACGACUCGGGCGCGCAAACCCCAACCCGCUCCGCCCCCAACCCGCUGAAACCCCGCGCAACCCCGCUGGCGGACUUAUCGCGGGUGCAAAAGCUGUACUCGCACCCGCAGGCCUGGGGCCAGUGCAACGCGUUCCUGUCCACGUAUCUGAAAGGCGUCGAGCGCCUCGACGUGUCGUCGACGUCGCGCGCGGCCGAGCUCGUCGCCGCCGACGCGUCGGGCGCCUCGGCCGCUGUAUCGUCUGAGAUCGCGGCCCAGAUCCACGGGUUGGAUUACCUCGCGCGGGGGAUCCAGGAUGCGGAGGAUAAUGAGACGAGGUUCUUCAUCUUGCGCAGAGCUGCGGAACGCGAUGGUGCGGACGGGGCACAGGGAGGGGAUGGCGGCGGGGACGAGGAAACGGAGAAGUGGAAGACGCUGAUUGCCUUUACGGUGGACCACGAGGACCCGGGGGCGCUGGCGAAGGCGUUGGAGGUGUUUAAGACGUAUGGGUUGAACUUGACGAGUAUUAAUGCGCGGCCGAGUGGGAUUGUGGCGUGGAACUAUGUUUUCUUCGUCGAGAUUAAGGGGAGGAGGCUGGAGGGGGGAGAAGGGGUGGUGAAUCGGGCGCUGAGGGAUUUGGGGAGGGCGGCGAGGGGUUGGAGGUGGUUGGGGAGUUGGGAGAGUAAGUUGGAGAGGUGA